GGUCUCCCAGGGCCCACGUGUAGGCGGGCAGAGACACUCCUCCAUUUUGUCACGACGCUUGAAAGAAAACUGGAGGGAAGUUUUGUGCAGAGAUUAAUUUAUUCAGUAAUUUUAUCGGUUUUAGACAUGGAGCUCCAGAAACAGCGUCAUGGUGUGACGAUGCCGAACGGCUUCAUCUUACCCGAGGGCAAAACCACCCCUAAUACCCUGUUUGUAGGAGGGAUAGACAUGAAGGUUGAGGAGGAUGAGAUCCGGGAGUUCUUUGGUCGGUUUGGCGCAGUGAAGGAGGUGAAAAUCAUCACCUACCGCGGGGGCAUCUGCAAAGGUUACGGCUUUGUUUACUUCAGCGAAGACGUCGACAUCCAGACCAUCAUUGAACAACAGAUCACUUUUAAGGGGAAGAAACUCAAACUGGGCCCAGCCAUCAUGAAGGAGCGGAUCUCCCGUGGUUUUCAAGGUUUGCUCUUAUUUAGAUUCUGUCCAGUCACCUCUGAUUGGUCCAUCACAGUGGGUCAGCCCCUCCCCCUGUGUGUACUGUCCCUGCUGCCCCCCCAGCCUGGCGCUCAGUGGAGGUACACAGUAUGUGCAGCCAUAUCCUUAUGCAACUUUCCCAGGAGUAAUGAUGCCUCAGGUGCCUAUGAAUUACACACAGACAGUCUACCCGUACCAGAACUACGUGGACUGUGGAGUCCAGACACUGCUGACUCUCCUCUAGUCCGUUUAAGAUGUGGAUCGUCCUCCUGGACCUGCACCUGUGGAAACUGAGGACGACGUCUUCAUGGGAACAUCAUCUAAUCGUGGAGAAGCGUCGUCAGCGUUCUACCUCUGCUGUGAUUUUACGUUCUGGGAAACGAAGGUUCCACUCAGGGUGACUUCAGUGUGAAGCCGAAUCAUGGUCAUGUGGUCAGACUUCUAAUGAGAGGCUGCAUACUGUGUGUGUGUGUGUGUGUGUGCCUGCCUGCCUGCCUGCCUGUGUGAUGUACUGAAUUUGGUUUACACAGAUUUUUUUUUGUCAGUUCAUUUGUAUCGUCUUUUCUCUGCUUUUGUCAAACCAAACCUUAAAAAAGAAGCACUUUUAAAAUCACAAAGUUAGUUGUUUAAUGUUUUAUUUUUGCUUAUUUUAAUGUUCGCACCUCUGUCGCUCUCCAAAUGCUUUUUGGUCUGAAACGGAAAGCGACCGUUCGUGAGGCGUCUGAAAAAAUGUUCGGUUCAGCUCUUUUUAUCAUUCUAGUCCAGGUGUGUAAUCUCAUCCACUCUGACGAAGCUCUGCUGAUUAACUUCUAACCCUGAUCUCUCACGUCUUGGAGGCACCGUCCUGGUUUUAGUUUUAUAACAUUGGCUCGACUCUGAAUUUCAGAUCAACUGUGAAGAGAAAAAAAUAAAUAAAUCACUGCAUUAAAUAAGAAUGAUUUGAAAAUAAACUUUAAACACUAAUAAACACUCCGGGUUUGGCCGCUUUUAAUGCACUAAUUAAAGUAAUGAUGGAAUAUCGACGCUUGAUGCGUUCACGGGUGAAAACUCAUGUUUAAUGUUAAAAUUUUCUUUCUUUAUUUAUUUAUUUAUUUAAAGGUUCUCUGUGGUUUUGUGUUUCCCUUCACUUCUGUUCCUGGUGUUCUUUCCUUCACAGAGUUGUUUAAUUUAAACCUAACAGGGCGAUCGGUCUUAAAUGGUGAGAUUUGCACUUGUCAUUUUUCUUCUAGUUGUAAUAGAUUCCAUGCUACUUUAAAUAGUUCCUGAUAAGCCGUAAGUGUUGAACACUGUAUUGUUAUAAACUACUUUUAUAGAGCCUUUGGCAUCUAAUGGAUUUGUUCCAUUAUGACUUUAUUCCCCUCAGGGCCUCAUAGGAACUCUAGUUUCUGCUUUGAUUGACAGCAUUGGUCGAACACUGUUCACUUUUCUAUGUAUACUAGUUUAACAGAAAAGGUUUGGUGUCUUGUCUUGUUUAAAAAGAAAUAAAGUUGAAAUUAAAUAAAAAGUUUACCGUU